AUGUCCGACAACCUCCCUCUUAUGCCUUUCCCUUCUACCCCGUCUCGCGGUAUGUAUCCUGUUAACCUAAAGCUAGCCAUGAGAGAUGCGCUAACAAGUUCAGAAACCCCACUCACCUCAUACAUGUCAACCACCAACUCAUCAUCUAUUGAAACGCGUGCCACUACGUAUGAAGAACUCAUCCAAUCCCUUGAUGCGCAAGCGGACAUUUUGCAAUACCUCCCUUCUGAAGCUGAAGUUGACGAACUCUUUGACGAAAUUCAUGGAGAAUCUUUGCUGAACUCAUCGAGUCGUCGCUCCAGCACUCCCAAGCUUGCAUUUGGCACAUAUCGGGAAGAUGGCAUCAAUGUAGCUCAGGUCUAUGUCUAUCUUCGCUCUCCCUCAUUCAAAAAUACUGAGCCGUCUAUGAUGUUUGGUAAGUGUUUAGCAAACACUAAGUACACCGUCAUGAACACCAAGGACAUCAAUUGCACAGAUGGUAUGUUCGAAGCCAACAAGUUUUGGAUACCCUUGAUCGAGAACGGCAAGGUCGCGUUUGACGCAGUUAAGGCCGUUCUGAAAGCUCUCUUUAUUCGCAAAGGUAUCACUCUAUCAACCCCAAUACCAGUGGUUGGUUCGGCUUUCCGUUCAAAAUUGGUUCUCGGAUGCGAAAUGUUCAGGAGCUUCAAGCAAAGCCGUAAGAGUUUAGAAAAGACACCUCCCAAGGAAGUUGAUAAGAGUAUGAGUGCAAUAGAUGGGUCUAGUGCACAAUCCUCAUCGCCAGCCAUCUCAGACAUCUCAUCAACUACUUCUCCGGUCACAUCUACGGCCCAUAUGUACAGCCGAAAUGAACUCAACUCCCAUAUGGGCGCCAAUAGACCUCUAGUCGUCGAUUCGAGCAAGAAGCAUCGUGUCUCGGAGCUCACUACCACUGAACAGAAUACAAUCAAGGCAGAAACCAACAAAGACGUAGCUGUCAGUAAACUUGCCGCGCUUGAUGGCCUGAAUUCGGACACUCUCUUCAUCCCUGAAAACCAUCAAAAAGAACUUGAAGAAGAACUCCCAGAAGAACUCGAAGAAGAAAUCGAGGAAUCAUCUGCCUCCAAAACCACUACUCCAGAGUGUAACAAAGGUAUCAAAAUCAUCCUCGAGUCGCUGUCAGCCUCAUAUGAUGAUCGGAAAGACCUUGAGAAAAAGAUCGAUGAAAUGUCAGCCCAGGUAGCCCGUCACAUUGCUACUCUUGAAGAGCUUCGUCGAGAAAGGGAGCGGUUUGAGGCUGAAUAUGAGCGUAAAAGACAAGCACUCGAGGAAAGGAUCAGUGUUGAGGAUCAAGAUAGGGUUAGCAGAAUAGCUGAGAUUGAGGCAAGCUCUCAGACUAUACAAGAGAAACUUGAGGUUGAGAAGCGCCAGUUGGGCGUAAUGACUCCAGAAAUGGUGGCCGUCUGGGAGUUGUCUCGUAAAUUCGUGUGCAAGGAAUAUGGCAUCAAGGAAGGUUUGCCAUCGAAGCGUCAGAAGACUAGGCACUAA